AAAUUUAUUUGUCCAAAAGCGAAAAACCAAAAAAAUCCACUUCCGCGAGAUUAUAACGAGGCCAUAUUUUAUGUGUUGAUUUUGGGAGGAGGACCUCAUUUAAAAUGAGUUUCUUUGGAUUCGGCCAGGGUGCUGAAAUAGACAUUGUUCUAGACGGGCAAGAAGCAAGAAAAACUGCAGAAAUAAAAACAGAAGAUGGUAAAAAGGAAAGACAUUAUUUGUAUUAUGAUGGAGAAACUGUUGCUGGAAAGGUUAAUGUGUCCAUGAAGAAAGCAGGAAGUAAAAUGGAACAUCAGGGGAUAAAAAUAGAAUUUAUAGGUCAAAUAGAAAUGUACUACGAUCGAGGCAAUCAUCAUGAGUUUACAUCAUUAGUUAAAGAAUUAGCCAGACCUGGAGAACUAACAUCCAACACAAGUUAUGGUUUUGAAUUUUUACAAGUAGAAAAACCUUAUGAAUCUUACACUGGCGCUAAUGUCCGGUUAAGAUAUUUUUUACGAGUGACAGUUGUAAAAAGAAUCAGUGACACAGUAAAAGAACAGGACAUUAUAGUACAUACUUUAUCACAUUAUCCAGAAUUAAAUAACAGCAUAAAAAUGGAAGUCGGUAUUGAAGAUUGUUUACAUAUAGAAUUUGAAUAUAACAAAUCAAAAUAUCACCUUAAGGAUGUUAUUGUUGGGAAAAUUUAUUUCCUCUUGGUCCGUAUAAAAAUAAGAUAUAUGGAACUUGCAAUAGUCCGUCGAGAAACUACAGGUGCAGGACCUAACACAUACAAUGAAAAUGAAACUAUAGCCAAAUACGAGAUAAUGGAUGGGGCACCUGUCAGAGGAGAAUCAAUACCUAUACGAUUAUUUUUGAGUGGCUAUGAGCUGACACCUACAAUGAGGGAUAUAAAUAAGAAGUUUUCUGUCCGAUAUUACCUCAAUCUGGUCUUGGUUGAUGAAGAAGAAAGAAGAUAUUUUAAACAACAGGAAAUUACUGUGUUCAGAAAAGCAGAGAAAGUAAGAAAACCUGGUGAAAAGUCAGUUUACCAACAAAACCGAGGUCUUCAAUCACAUAUAUCAGAUCGGGAACAUCAAGCUAUCCAAGAACAGAAACAAAGAGAGGCACAACAACAACAAGAACAGCAAGAGAAAGAAGAACAGCAAGAACAUACAAACGAACACACAGAAAAUGAAGAAGUAGAAAAUGAAAAUGAGGAUGAAUGAUAUAUUGUCAUUUUAUUUAACAAUUAUGCAUACAUUGUUUUAACAUCAUUUCACAGUCAUCAUCAGAGAAGUUGUGAGCUGUGUUUAUACAUUGUUACUCAAAGGACUUGUGGUGUGUGAAGAGAAAUGAAUUCUAAUUGUGAUAUAAAUUGAUAGUUUGUGAAAGUUGCAUGGUUAUCAAUUAGUUGAAUUUGUCCAUAUAUUGGAAAUAAUGAAGUUGGCUAUACUUAUUUCAAAGUAUCCCAAAUACUCAUUGGUUAUAUAUGUUUCUGACCAUAUAUAUAACUAUGGUGCCAUAAUAUAAACAUUAUAUGUUUAUAUAGCGUAAAGUCACCCACGUACAGCACAUAAUCAUGCAUAUUGUAAAGUAACCAAUAAAAAGUCUGUUUCAAAUAGGAUUUUAGUUAUGUGAUAGUUAUUAUUUGCUGAUUUUUAGAUACAAUUCAAAGGCAAAUAAAUCUUAAUUCAGUCAUACAAGGAUGUAAACAUGAUCACUGAUAUAUGUUAAACGAAUAUGAAGAUUUUAUAUGAUAAGAUUAUUCUAGAUAAAAUAAAUGUACGUGAACUGAAAUAAGUUUUUGGCAAGAAAUUGAAACUUUUAAAAAAAUCAGUAGGUGUUUAUCUGGCUAUAUAAAUUUUAAAAUGUUUUGUAAAUUUGAAAAAGGAAAAUAGGGACUUAACUUAACUAAUAAGAAUGAGUCUAAAGUUAGAAAACUUAUUGAAUCUAAAUUUUAACUAAUUUUAGACACAAUUAAAAACCAAUUUCGGGGAUAUUAAUAAGAUGGUUGUCAAAAAGUAUGCCCUUUUCACCAAACCAUUGUAAGAAAACAAAAAAGGGGAUUUUUUAAAUCAUCUUCAAAAUAGGGAGGGAUUUUUUGAAUACAUAGUAAUUUCCAUUAUAUGGAUGCUAAUGAGUGCUGGUAUUAGUGCUGUUUGGAUAACAUUACAGGACAAAAGUUGUAUGGAUGAUUUGAAUGAAUGUGUGUGUGAAAGGUCUUUUAGAUAUAUGUUUAAGCUUCCAAAGUGUAUUGCAAAUUUAUGUUUUGUUGUUGUUUGGAAUACACAAACACUCUUUAUCCACAAUUUACAUUUUAAUUUUUGUUGAAAUAACUUGUGAAAUGUAAUACUUCUAUAUCACUUUUAUACAAGCUUCUAUUUCAAUGCUAUUUUUAUGUUUAAAGUAUUAUGAUACCCAGGUAUGCUAGUCUUCUUAAGUUUUUCUUUUUUUAAAGCAGCUAAAUAGUAUUGAGACAAAACAUUUUGACAAGGCUUCAAUUGUCACACAUAAUCUUUUCAAUAGUAUUCAUCUGAAUUUUACUCUUUAUACAUAAAAUGUUAUUAGACAUCCAUUUUGACAUACUGGGGAAAGUAAUGUGUGGAAUAAAUUAUAUCUUGAGUUUAGAGUGAAGGUGUGUUAGAUUUUGAACAAGGAAUUUGUAAUGUAGCAUAUUUGUUAAAUUGUUUAUAGAUUAGAGAGAAUGGUUGACAUAGACCAAGUUUAUUUUAGUACCAUUGUAUUUUGUGUGAUAUGUUUCACUUUUAUGUUUGAAAAUAUUAAGUCAGUAAUUUCGUCUCACAAAGUCAGUAUAUGUAGUUAUAAAGUUAAAUAGUAACUCACGCCCGCUUUUAACAUUAUGGUACAGCUAUUUACUAAUAAACUUCUGAAAAAAUCAACUAGAUUUAUAUUUCAAUUUUUCAUUUUAUUCAUGAAUAGAUAUUACUUAUAAAUUCUGCUCAAGCUUAAGUGAAUAGUUGAAUGAUGUUUAAUGAAUCUAAUCAUUGUGGAUCAAACAACACUUUUAAACUUUUCAGUCAACUUGUAACUUGUCGAGUUGUAAAACAUAACUUUGAUGGUAAAAAAUAAAAUUAUAAAAAGAUGAAUGAAAAGUAAAGAAAUAAAGUUGGUAUAUUAUUGUAAUAAAAUACCUAUAUUGAGAUUUGAAAUGAUAGUUAUAAGAAAUUAAUUGUUUAAAUGAAAAAUAUAAUCGUCUCAACCAUUAUUUCAGUUAAAAAUCUUAAACCAUCAACUUUAAUGUUUUUGAACAAUUGUCAAAUUGUUUAAAAUUUAAUUAAUUGUGAAAUUUGUGUAGAGUACAAUAAAGAUACAGAUUAUGUAGACCUUAUCUUUAAAUUUGUUCUGUGUUAAAUCUGUCCCAAAAGUUAGAUAUAUAAAAAUCUGCCAUUUAAAUUGAUUUUGUUGUCGAUUGUUAUUUUAUAAAAAGUGCAAUGUUUUUUUGUAAAUAUUAAUUAACGUUAUGUAAAUAUUGUAAUUAGACAGGUAGAUUUUAACACUGAAUGGUUACCAUGGUUUCCUGUUUAAUUUGAUUGUGUGUUUAUUUAUAAGUAAGUGGUUCUGUGUCUUUCUUGACAAUGUAUUUGUUACAAAAAAAUGAUGCAAAUCUUACUCACAAUAUUGACAUGACUGGGAAAUGUUCCUUUAUUGCAUUGUCCAGCAACACUUUUAUCUUCCAAAAGUAAUUUAAAAAAUAGCAAAAAUCUGAAAUAAGCUUCUGACAAACGAUUUUAUUUUUUUGUUAUUUCAGAAUUCAGUUUUUGCACAAAAACAUUGACACCUAACUUAUAAAUACAGUAAGAUAAGGUACAAAAAACAUCUGCCUUAUUAAAACAUAAAGACAAGGUACAAAAAACGCAUUUCAAAAAUAUAAUGCUGCCUAAAUUUUAUGGUCACAGGGUCACAUGUCAACAUUAAAUUAUAGUUAAGUACAACGUUAUUGUUGCAUCAACUGCCCUCAGAAUGUGACAUAAUGUAAUAUAUAAGAAAAAAAUUCUGAAAUCAAGAUUUAAAAUUUAAACAUCAUAACUAUUCUAUUCAUUCCUUUAUAUUAUGUUUGAGAUAAGCUAUAACAUAACUCAAAUUGUGAAAUAUUUGAUUUUAUUUUCAAACUAAGUUUAUGCUGCUAGAGUCUAACAAAACUUGAAAUUUUCCUCUUUUUUCAAAGAAUUGAUGUAGUAAGAUGUCUAUGAAGGAAGCCUUACCUUUUCAUGCCAGUAUGUGUGAAGAAGAAUAAAACCAUUGAUAGGACAAUUGUGAAAAAAGUAAUCUUAUUUAUCCAAAGAUUCGUGUUUUGUUGCUGUUUUCCUGUGAUGUGUAUAUUAUCAAUGUCAGGAAUUAAUCAUGCAAUUUAAUCAGGGAAUGUACAAAUAUUUUUGGGCUUUAAUGGUAAAAAAAUUUACUACACAAAAAAAUCCUCAGUAUUUUUGAAAGUUGCAGACAAAUCCUGUUCAAAUAUGAAGUUAAACAUGGUAUUGUGUUUUCAUUAUUAUUUGUUGGAUACCAAUGUUCCUGGGUGAAGUUAAUCCAGGAAUUGAAUAUCAACACAAUUUAAAUAGGAUUUAAUGAUACUUUGGCAAAACCACAGAGUACUGUAAAAUAUUCAGGAAAAUUCCUUUUUUCCACAAUCCAUGAAAAUUGAUAUCCACACAAAUAAAUUGAAUCUACAGUAUUGCCAAAAAAAAUUGUUAGUAGAACAAGCCAUAGAUUUAAGAAUCAUGAAAGGAAUAUCAAUUGUAUAUCAAAGGGCAUUAUGAGAAAAUAUCACUUCAUAUACAAGGGAAAAUCAUUAGAUAGCUGCUGAAGUGUUCAUUUUGUGUAGAUGUUGAUUCUGUUUUUAUAGAAAAAUAAGCAAGAGUUACAUACAUUUCUCUAACAAUAUUUUACAUUGUAAAUAUAGCAUUUACUCAGUUAGAGUAAUUCACUUUACAGAAAAGUCAGUAUAAAAUAGAAUGUGCUAACUUGGUUUAAAUGUAUCAAUAGAACAAUGUUUCUAUUCAAGAAUACCUAACUCUACAGUUUGUCAAUGGUUGUACAUGUAUCUAAUUUUUUUUUAAAGGACAUGAAUUGAAUUUUGUUAAUAAAACCUUGUAAGAAUUAAAAAAAAACACUUUUAAUUCAAAAUUGAUAUACAUAUUUGUAAUUGAAGUAUAUGGAAUCUUUCUGGACUUCUCAAUAAUUUUAACUUGUCAAUAUGUUUGGCAUCCCAUAUUUUAUUGACAGAAUAUUUGUACUUAAACUGUGAACUGAUUAUGGACUAAACUGCCCUAAUCAUUAUUUGGAACCAUAAAAAACUCAACUGAUAAAAAUAUGAAAUUUACAAUGCUCAUGUAUGUUUAAAAUAAUGAACCAUACAUACUAGAAUUAAAAUGACAUUAGUGUAUUGGAAUUACACAAAAUACUACCUUAAUAAUAAGAUAAUUAUUAUGUACUCGAGAAAAACAAUCUUUUUAGUCCAUAUUUAAAAAAUGAUUAGUGGUUUAAAGUUUUUGUUGAUACUUUGUGAUUAAAUUCUGGCCCAUUUUGAUGUAUAAUCCAUUGUCCAUUUCAAAACUGAUUAUGUAGACAUAAGGAGGAGCUAUUGCCCUUUACUCCCUCUCAAUCAACCCCCAUAUAAAACUGAUUAUGAUGACAACAUGAGGAGUUAUUUCCCUUUACUCCCUCUGAAUCAAGCCCCAGAUAUAAUACAGAAAUAUUGAAUUAUUUGUGCAUAAUGAUAAAUGUGAUGUUAACCAUUCCAUGUGUUGUUACAGAAUGUGUGUUGAAGGUAACUCAUGCUUGUUUUAAAAUGAAUGUUAAUUUAAUACACUUGUAUAAGAAUAUGUGUUAUUAAAUGUGGAAAUAUCCA